CACACCCACACCUGCCGCCAUUAGGUAAAGAAAAAAUGCAGAUGGUAUUUAUUGAAAGAAAACUGGGCAAUCGUCCGAACGAUCUGCGGAGAACUAAACCAAAAAAGAACGCGACCAGCGCUUUAGCAGGGAGGCGGUCGCGUCACCCUCACUGUGCAGCGUUGUGCCUUCUUCCUCGCAGCUCCAUCGCUCUACGCGCUGUAUUGUAUUUCGUGGUGUGCCCUUUGUACUUUAUUUCUUUUGUCCUUCUUUCAUCCUCCACUUUCCUUUGUCACCUCUUUUGAAUUUUCUGCCGUCCCAGCUCUUCUUUACGCUUCUCUCCACCUCAAUUUCUUGGGAGUGUAGAUCCGACCUCAGAAUGUUGUCGAGGGCUUUUCGCCGCAAGAUUCAUGCUGUAUUCGCAAUAAUCAUCCUGGCUACCAUCUAUUACCUGUUAACGGACGAUAUUCCUGAAAACGAUGUUGAGCCGUCCGAGUACCCCGAACCCGCGCCGGCUCAGAUGCCGAGACUGCAAACGAAGCCUAGGAGCCGACGCGUAAAGGCUGCGCCGAUACAAAAAGAACACGCCGAUCAAUGGCUUUUAGCACGGCCAGAGCCUCCAGAGGCUGGUAGCGAUGAUGUCGAAAUGGUGGUUGCGAGCAUGAGCUCGGAAAAUACAACAUGGCUGGACCAAUACCUGCUCGACUGGAAAAAGAACAUUUACGUGGUCGACGAUGAAACAGCCCGGUUUACCGUCCCGAUAAAUAAGGGUCGUGAGGCCAUGGUAUUUCUUACCUACAUUAUCGACCGAUACGAUACACUGCCAGGCAAUGUCUUCUUUCAUCAUGCCGAACGAUUCCAAUGGCACAACGACAAUCCUGACUACGACGCGCUCAAUCUGCUCCAACGAUUCCAAUUUAGUUAUUUGAAGAAGCAGGGAUAUGUCAACUUGAGAUGCGUCUGGGUCCUGGGCUGCCCGGCUGAAAUACAGCCAGAAUUAGAUGCUGCCAUGGGGGCGGUGGAAGAAGGGGUAACCGCAAAGCGUGUUUACAAGAAGGCCUUUGAGGAGCUUUUCCCUGAAGAGCCAUUGCCUGACAGGGUUGGUGUCGCAUGUUGUUCUCAAUUUGCUGUUCGAAGAGAGACCAUUCGACAACGGCCGCAAGCCGACUACAUUCGAUAUCGCGAGUGGCUGAUCAACUCUGAGCUGCCAGAUAACCUCAGUGGCCGAGUGUUGGAAUACGCAUGGCACAGUGAGUUUCAAGUCCCCCAUAAAGCUACUUUAUUAACCUUUGAAACAGUUAUAUUCGGCAAGAAAGCUGUCCAUUGCCCAAACGCUGCAGUCUGCUAUUGUGAAAUGUACGGCCUUUGCCGCUUAAAGUGCUCGCAAGGAGACUGUGAGGGUCAAUACAGAUUACCACCAUAUGCAACUCUUCCUCCAGGUUGGCCUAAGUUCGGAUGGUCGGGGGAAGAGCGAGACUGGUCUGGGCCAGAGUAAACGUUAAACAGUCGUUGCUGGCGAACGACAAUUGUAUCAAUAUCCUAAACCUUUGUGCCAAUGCAACGGCCAUCAAAUAGAAGCACAAAUAAAAUUCCCUAUUAAAAGUUUCAAAUUAUUUAGAGAUAUUAGAAAUAGACUCUUACAAUACUUCCGCUGAUUCAUA